UUCGGGGAUAAAAAGAGUAAAUCUGCAAGUUGUGAUUGGAGGCCCGGGGAGACAUCACGUGGUUUGGGUCGUUGACAGUAUAAACCCUUGGAGCCGGGUGCGCACGUGGGUGACGCUGCAGGGCCAACCCUCUUCGGGGUCCCUUUUGUUGAACCAUCAAACAUAAGCACCUUUGGAGAUCCCGAGGGGUUCAGAUGAGAAACAGCUAUCAUCUUGCGCAAGGAGCGACCACUUAUCAGCGGUUCAACCAUGUCGAGGUCUUUUUACGUUGAUUCUUUAAUAAUCAAGGAUACUGUGCGACCUGGACCAGCUGAGCAUCCAGGACAAGACUUCCUUAUUCCCAUCAGCAUGCACUCCCCGAGCGUAAUGACGGUCACCGCUCCGGUGUGUCCAUCCAGGAAAAACGGGACUUUCUGUGUUUGCCCGCUGUGCGUCACGUCCCACAUCCACUCUUCCCGCAGCGGCAUCCCCAUGCUGAAGAGUCAUUUUCCAGGAGCAGAGGCACAGUACUGUCAGAGAAUAGCGCACCAGCAGUCUCCAGCGCUCGCGCACCCUGGACAUACACCUGUCUGCACGCCCACCUUCAGCGUCACAGAUCCCAGGAGAUACCACUGUCUAACAAUUGGCGCCUCCGAGAGUAGCCACAUACAGAAUGGCAAGAGGAUGCGCACGGCUUUCACAAGCACACAACUCUUGGAACUGGAAAGGGAGUUUUCCACAAACAUGUACCUGUCAAGACUCAGAAGAAUCGAAAUCGCCACGUAUUUGAACCUGUCAGAGAAACAGGUGAAAAUCUGGUUUCAGAACCGCCGGGUGAAGCACAAGAAGGAGGGGAAAGCCACCCAAAGGAGCGCACACAGCGGUUGCAAGUGCACAACCGGCCACACAGACUAUUCAAGGUCAGAGGAUGAGGAGUCUCUAUCUCCGGCCUCUGCUUCGGAAGAGAAAGAGGUGUCAACUAUCUGAGAGCUACACGACUCCCAGUUCCCACUGCUGGCACUUACUCUGCCCUACAGUUAUGGGUCAUGGCAUCACGCAACCUCUGGGCCUGCAUGAAGUAUGAGAAGAAAUGUUGAAAACGUCAGUUGCUCUUCACUUCGUGUUCAUCCUCCCGUUAAAUUAAAGGAAAAAAAUGUGAAUAUAUGUUUUAAACAUCGUCGUGAAAUAUUUGGAAACAUGACCUACUGUAUCCCAUAAUGGACUUUUGUAUUUUGAUCCCUUCAGGGUUCUCACCUAAAUACCCAAGUCUUAGAUAAUGAUUCCCAGUAAAUGUUUUCAACUAUUGCCCGGUAUCCCACCACUGUCAGUGAUGCUGUGUGGUAAUAGAAAUAGUAUAGGCCUAACCUGUGUGGAACCUGUACACAAGAAUUUGUAAACUAUGUAUAUCUGUAUUUAUUGUAAUAAACAUGACGAGCUGAA